CACACACACACUCACACACUGGCUCUUGCCCCAGGAUAGAAGCUGCCCAGAAAUUGCUGCCUGGCUUUUCUUCUUCCACGCUUGUCUCGUCGCCACCCCUUUGAGCAGAGGGACUAGAAUUGGCCCUGAGCACUGGACACUGCCCCAGUCCCCAUCAUGGAGGCUGGAGACAGGUCUAAACCCACCCCCACCCCUUCCCGAGCAUCAAGAGAGAGCUCAGCCAAGGUGAACCAGCACAGACACCAACACAGGCCCCGUGGGCCCUCCAAUCUCAGGCCACCAGCUGAGGACAGUUUCCCAGCUGGGCUCCUCUCUCAAGGCCUUUGUGAACUGAAGGGGGACUGGCACAGCCUGCCAGACACCUCUGUAGGGAGAGUGAGAGUGGCUGGCCUGAGGUGAGUGUGGACACUGCCCUCCCUCCUGCUCACCUUGGCACUACCCUGGGUACCUGAUGUGAGCACUUGCUCCUCCUGGGCUGUUUUUAGUGUUUGGAUUUGCAUUCCAACCCUUAGGAAGGGGUCCUGAGGGCACCAUGAGCAGUGGGGAAUGGGGCAGUGCCUUCCUGUUUCCGUUAAGACAGUCUCUUCACCUGGCCUUGAAGAGCCUCUCUGACCACCUGCUCCUGCCUGCCCUGCCCAGGUCCUGCAUGCCCCACCUCUUCACCCCUUCCUCCCAUGGAGAUUGUCUGUAUCUAUCCCCUGUGUGGCCCAGACCCAGCCUGCAAGCCGCAAGCAUUUCUGAGGCUCAGCUCUUGAUAGGGAAGGGAGUGUCUUCACUCCAGCUAGCAUCAGGGUUUCAUUGGUCCCUGGCCAGGCCAAGGGUCUUUGGAGGGGAGGGGACAGGCCUGGGCUAGCCUGACCGCAGAGUGGGGCUGGGAGACUUCAGGCUCUGGUAUUUCUCCUUGACUAGGGGACCAGAAAGGGCAUAGAGUGUUGGAGAGGAGCAAGGAGAAGUCACCAAGAGAUUUCAGCCUUGCUUCCUCUCCUGGGUUGAGAUUCCAGUCAUGAUUUGCAGGUGUGCAUCAAAGUGAAAUACAUGUGGCCAUGCCUAUGUGGGAUCUCCCCCAACAUUUUGGCCCUUUUCCUUGGGCUAGAGCCUGGGUGGGAUCUCGGGAGGACUGGGGUGGGCCACUGGGAUCACUGGGAAGUUGAACUUGUUUUCUGUCUGAACACAGCCUGUCCUGGUCUCGGGUGACACUGAGGGUGGGGGUGGGGGGACAUGCUGUACGAAAACCGGUUAGUCAAUGUUGUCUUAAUAUUGUUGACAAUUCUGUAAAGUUCUUUUUAUGAAUAUUUCUGUUUAAGCUACUUUACCCUUGUUUUGAGAUCCUUCCCUUUUAAGGAGAAAAUGUGACACUUGUGAAAAAGCUUGUAAGAAAGCCCCUAUUCCCUUCUUCCUUUAAUCUUUAAAUGACAAAUCUAGGUGAUUAAGGUUGUGAAUUUUUAUUUUUGCUUUGUUUUUAAUGAACAUUUGUCUUUCAGAAUAGGAUUGUGUGAUAAUGUUUAAAUGGCAAAAACAAAAUCUGAUUUUGUGCAAUUAACAAAGCUACUGCAAGAAAAAUAAAACAUUUCUUGGUAACAGAGCUGUGACGUGUGAGCCCUGCCCUGGGGUCUGGGCAGCGCUGGGGUAGGGCUGGAGGCCUGGUCUCCGGUUCAGUCCCUGCUUGGGGAUUAAGGCCCCAGGGCUCAGUCCACCGGGCCUGGACCAGUCAGUGGCCGGCAGUAGAGGCCGGUUCUCCAGAGGUCCACUGGGAAGGCCGGCAGGCAGCUUGCCAGCCAAUCACUGGGCGCGAAGGGCUAGCUGCCCUAUCAGGGCCGGGAGGGGGCGGUGCUUGUGGCAUGGGCAGGUCAGGUGGGCUUGCGGGAGCUUAGAGGACCAGGCACGCUGGGAGGUGCUGGCUCCCAUAGCUGGGUCAGAGAAGCUGGGGGCGGGGCCAGAGCGCCCUCCGCCAAUCGGCGCUGGCAAAAGGAAGGUAAGGGGCGGUCUCCGCGCGCCGGACCGGCCGCGCACGGCGGAGAGGGAGAAGGCGGCGGCGAUGGCGACCGCAAUGGCAGCGACAGCAGCGGAGCGGGCCGUGCUGGAGGAGGAGUUCCGCUGGCUGCUGCACGAUGAGGUACACACUGUGCUGAGGCAGCUGCAGGACAUCCUCAAGGAAGCCUCUCUCCGCUUCACGUUGCCAGGCACAGGGGCUGAGGGGCCCACCAAGCAGGAAAACUUCAUCCUAGGCAGCUCCAGCACGGACCAGGUGAAGGGCGUGCUGACCCUGCAAGGCGAUGCCCUCAGCCAGGCGGACGUGAACCUGAAGAUGCCCAGGAACAACCAGCUGCUGCACUUCGCCUUCCGGGAGGACAAGCAGUGGAAGCUGCAGCAGAUCCAGGAUGCCCGGAACCACGUGAGCCAAGCCAUUUACCUCCUUGCCAACCGGGAGGAGAGCUACCAAUUUAAGACAGGAGCCGAAGUCCUAAAGCUCAUGGACGCCGUCAUGCUCCAGCUGACCAGAGCCCGCAACCGGCUCACCACCCCAGCCACCCUCACCCUGCCUGAGCUCGCAGCCAGCGGCCUCACGAGGAUGUUCGCCCCCACACUGCCCUCGGACCUGCUGGUGAACGUCUACAUCAACCUCAACAAGCUGUGUCUCACGGUGUACCAGCUGCACACCCUGCAGCCCACCUCCACCAAGAACUUCCGCCCUGCUGGAGGCGCCGUGCUGCACAGCCCCGGGGCCAUGUUCGAGUGGGGGUCCCAGCGCCUGGAGGUGAGCCAUGUGCACAAGGUGGAGUGUGUGAUCCCCUGGCUGAACGACGCCCUGGUCUACUUCACCGUUUCCCUGCAGCUCUGCCAGCAGCUCAAGGAUAAGAUCUCUGUUUUCUCCAGCUACUGGAGCUACAGACCCUUCUAAGCUGGCCACCACUCAGAGCCUGUCCCCCAGAGGGGGUGACGCUACCUAUGGAGCCCCAUUCCCCACACACACCCCUCAUAGCGCCUGCUGUGGCCGGCACCAUGAGUUAUUUAUCUCCCUCUUCACCCACCUUCCACCCAACUGCACUGCUGGGGACUGGGAAGAACAUUGGAAGCCUAUGUGGGGCGCUGGCUUGGUGUUGGGGUUGGUUGGGAAGGCAGGGCUCCUGCCUUCCUCGUACCUUGCACUCAGGGUGGCCCCGGCCCAGAGCUCUCUUUGCUGUGGAGGCCACAGAUAAAGCUGGGGUAUCUAUUGCAGGAGGGGAGGGUGGUACUGAGCUAGGGGCCAUGGGACUCAGGGAUGGGAGGAAGAAGGACAGGCAGUGGCAGCUGCCGCUGAGCAAAUGCAAUGCCGGGGCUGUUCUGCAAUCUGGAUCCUCUAGGAAAUAAAGAGCAUCAGAGUUCUACU